CAGCCUCCCCGCGCAGGGCGGGGCUGGGCGGCCGGCGCCGGCCCAGGCUGCGGCUCCCCCGGGUCAGGUAGGGCUCCCCGGGUCGGGGGAGGACCCUGCCGCCUCGGAGCCGAGCUGCGCGGCCGCGGCGACCGCAGGCAGAUGUGGGAGCCGCGGUCCCCAGAGAGCAAGUCUCCCCGCGGGUGCUGGGGCCCCGGGGACCGGAUGCUUGUGACGGGGUCGGUGGGCCGCGCCUUCGCCCUGCAGAAACCCAAGUCUUUACACCCCGCCGGGACCGUGCCCGGCCCCGGUGCCACUCGGAGGAGGGCCUCAGCCAGCCCCGCGCUGCCCGCCCGGCAUGGCCACACGGCGCUGCUGCCCGCCUGUCUGGGGACCCGGCGCCCCCAGCCCCGGCCCUGAGAGGCCCACCCAGGCGCUCCGGCUCUGCGGCACGCGGGUGCACCGGGCUGCUCCGAGCAAGAGCCACUGAGGCCAUGGGCGGGAGCCCCGCCAGCCUCUCCCGCGGCCUGCCCUGAGACCCACGUCGGGGCCUCCCCCGCCCCAGGCACUGACUGACCCUGCACAGCCGCCGCCCCCCCAGCCCCCACCAUGUGUGAGGUGAUGCCCACAAUCAAUGAGGGGGACCCCCUGGGCCCCCCCCACGGCGCCGAGGCCGACGCCAACUUUGAGCAGCUGAUGGUGAACAUGCUGGACGAGCGCGAGAAGCUGCUGGAGUCCCUUCGGGAGAGCCAGGAGACCUUGGUGGCCACCCAGAGCCGACUCCAGGAGGCCCUGCACGAGCGGGACCAGCUCCAGCGGCACCUGAACUCCGCCCUGCCCCAGGAAUUCGCCACCUUAACCCGGGAGCUGAGCCUGUGUCGGGAGCAGCUCCUGGAGCGGGAGGAGGAGAUAUCCGAGCUGAAGGCAGAGCGGAAUAACACCAGGUUGCUUCUGGAACACCUGGAGUGCCUGGUGUCCCGCCAUGAGCGGUCACUGCGCAUGACCGUGGUGAAGCGUCAGGCCCAGUCCCCUUCCGGGGUCUCCAGCGAGGUGGAGGUGCUGAAGGCCCUCAAGUCCCUGUUCGAGCACCACAAGGCCCUGGAUGAGAAGGUGCGAGAGCGGCUCCGGGCGGCCCUGGAGCGAGUUGGCACCUUGGAAGAAGAGCUGGCAGGGGCCCACCAGCAGGUGUCUGCCCUGCAGCAGGGGGCAGGCCUGCGGGAUGGAGCGGCCGAAGAGGAGGGGACCGUGGAGCUGGGCCCCAAACGCCUGUGGAAGGAGGCUGCGGGCCGCGUGGAGGAGCUGCAGGAGCUGCUGGAGAAGCAGAACUUCGAGCUGAGCCAGACGCGAGAGCGGCUGAUCGCUCUGACGGCGGCCGUGGCCGAGCUGGAGGAGGACCUGGGCACGGCCCGCCGGGACCUCAUCAAGUCAGAGGAGCUGAGCAGCAAGCAUCAGCGGGACCUCCGUGAGGCUCUGGCCCAGAAGGAGGACAUGGAGGAGCGAAUCACCACCCUGGAGAAGCGCUACCUGGCCGCUCAGCGGGAGGCCACGUCCAUCCAUGACCUCAACGACAAGCUGGAGAAUGAGCUGGCCAAUAAGGAGUCCCUGCACCGCCAGUGCGAGGAGAAGGCCCGGCACCUGCAAGAGCUGCUGGAGGUGGCCGAGCAGAAGCUGCAGCAGACCAUGCGCAAGGCGGAGACGCUGCCCGAGGUGGAGGCCGAGCUGGCGCAGAGAAUCGCGGCCCUCACCAAGGCUGAGGAGCGGCACGGCAAUAUCGAGGAGCACCUGCGGCAGCUGGAGGGGCAGCUGGAGGAGAAGAACCAGGAGCUGGCCAGGGUGCGCCAGCGGGAGAAGAUGAACGAGGACCACAAUAAGCGGCUGUCUGACACUGUGGACCGGCUGCUGAGCGAGUCCAAUGAGCGCCUGCAGCUCCACCUCAAGGAACGCAUGGCUGCCCUGGAGGAGAAGAACACUCUGAUCCAGGAGCUGGAGAGUUCGCAGCGGCAGAUCGAGGAGCAGCACCAUCACAAGGGCCGCCUGUCUGAGGAGAUUGAGAAGCUACGGCAGGAGGUGGACCAGCUGAAGGGCCGAGGGGGACCGCUUGUGGAUGGUCCCCACUCCAGGUCCCACGUGGGCAGUGCGGCAGAAGUGCGCUUCUCCCUGGGCGCCCACGGGCCCCCCAGCCUGCAUCGGCGCUACGCGGCGCUGCGGGAAGGGUCCGCCAAGGACUGGGAGGCGACUCCACUGCCCGGGGUGCUGGCCUCCACCACCACCCCUGCCUUUGACAGUGACCCUGAGAUCUCCGACGUAGACGAGGACGAAGCAGGGGGUCUGGUGGGCUCCAUGGAUGCCGUCUCUCCUGGCGGCCACUCGGAUGCUCAGACUCUGGCCAUGAUGCUCCAGGAGCAGCUGGAUGCGAUCAAUGAGGAGAUCAGAAUGAUCCAAGAAGAGAAGGAGUCCACGGAGCUCCGAGCAGAGGAGAUCGAGACGCGGGUGACCAGCGGCAGCAUGGAGGCCCUCAACCUGCCGCAGCUGCGCAAGCGCGCCUCCAUCCCCACCUCCCUGACGGCCCUGUCCCUGGCCAGUGCCUCGCCGCCCCUCAGUGGGCGCUCCACCCCGAAGCUCACCUCUCGCAGUGCUGCCCAGGACCUGGACCGCAUGGGGGUGAUGACCCUGCCCAGUGACUUGAGGAAGCACAGGAGGAAGCUGCUGUCGCCAGUGUCUCGGGAAGAGAACCGAGAGGAUAAAGCCACCAUAAAAUGUGAGACUUCCCCUCCUUCCUCACCCAGGACGCUGCGGCUCGAGAAGCUCGGCCACCCAGCCCUGAGCCAGGAGGAAGGCAAGAGCGCCCUGGAGGACCAGGGGAGCAACCCCAGCAGCAGCAACAGCAGCCAGGACUCCCUGCACAAGGGCGCCAAGCGCAAGGGCAUCAAGUCGUCCAUCGGCCGCCUGUUUGGGAAGAAGGAGAAGGGCCGCUUCAUCCAGCUGAACCGCGACGGGACCGCGGGCCAAGUUCUGCUCACAGACUCCGAGCUCAGUCUGCAGGAGCCCCUGGUGCCCGCCAAGCUGGGGACCCAGGCCGAGAAGGACCGGCGGCUGAAGAAGAAGCACCAGCUGCUUGAAGAUGCCCGCAGGAAAGGGACACCCUUUGCCCAGUGGGACGGCCCCACGGUGGUCUCCUGGCUGGAGCUCUGGGUGGGCAUGCCUGCCUGGUAUGUGGCGGCCUGCCGGGCCAAUGUCAAGAGUGGCGCCAUCAUGUCGGCGCUGUCCGACACGGAGAUCCAGCGUGAGAUCGGCAUCAGCAACGCCCUGCACCGGCUCAAGCUCCGGCUGGCCAUCCAGGAGAUGGUGUCCCUGACCAGCCCCUCUGCGCCACCCACCUCCAGGACUUCUUCCGGGAACGUGUGGAUCACUCAUGAAGAGAUGGAAACUCUGGCGACAUCCACUGAAACCGACAGUGAGGAGGGCAGCUGGGCUCAGACUCUGGCCUACGGGGACAUGAACCACGAGUGGAUCGGUAACGAGUGGCUGCCCAGCCUGGGGCUCCCCCAGUACCGCAGCUACUUCAUGGAGUGCCUGGUGGACGCGCGCAUGCUGGACCACCUCACCAAGAAGGACCUGCGGGUCCACCUGAAGAUGGUGGACAGCUUUCACCGCGCCAGUCUCCAAUAUGGCAUCAUGUGUCUGAAGAGGCUGAACUAUGACCGGAAGGAGCUGGAGAAGAGGCGGGAGGAAAGUCAGCACGAGAUCAAGGAUGUGCUGGUCUGGACCAACGACCAGGUGGUGCGCUGGGUGCAGUCCAUCGGGCUCCGGGACUACGCGGGGAACCUGCACGAGAGCGGGGUGCACGGGGCCCUGCUGGCCCUGGACGAGAACUUCGAUCACAACACGCUGGCCCUGGUCCUGCAGAUCCCCACACAGAACACCCAGGCUCGCCAGGUGAUGGAAAGAGAGUUCAACAACCUGCUGGCCUUGGGCACUGACCGGAAGUUGGAUGAUGGGGAGGACAAGGUGUUCCGCCGCGCGCCCUCCUGGAGGAAACGCUUCAGGCCGCGGGAGCAGCACAGCGGCCUGCUCAGCGCCUCGGCCGACACGCUCCCCGCCGGCUUCCGCGUGGCCCCGCUGGGCUCCCUGGCGGCCGCCGCGCCCAAGAAGCUGCUGCCCGAAGCCGGGACGGCGGGGCCGCAGAGACUCGAGCCCUCCACGGUCCGGACCUACUCCUGCUGACCCCGCCUCCCGCCCCGCGCGCGGCUCGGGCUCACUCCCACUAUCUCUACGGACACAUGCUCUCUGCCUUCCGCGACUAGCCGCAGGGCCCAGGGCCGAGUCCUCGUCCUGGCCUCACCCUCCUGCUCGGUCCCCUUCCUCCCGUGGCCCCCAGUCUCCAUGCUGACUGUCCAGUAGGCCUGGAUCCCCACAUAUACUCGCCCUCCCCGACUCCCAACACCCCAGUCCCACUGUGUGUGCUUUGUAAGUUUCCUGUGGACGGGUGGGGGCUCCUGGCCCGAGGCCCCCCACUCCCCAGCUGUCCCUGUCUGGGAUUCAGGGGCCAGGAGAGGAGGGAGCCCCAGGGCGGGUGUGACGCCCCUCCCCCUCUCUGGACCCCACCUGGUCUGAACUGUGACCUCCACCAGAGACCAGUACAUCACGCCAAGGGCUGGGACCGCCCUUCCCCAAAUGGGCAACUUCGACUCUACCUUGCCUGGGCUGUGUGGCCCCCUGGGCCCUAGCCACGUCCUGGCUCUUCCAGAGGGGGGGGCGGCGAGAGCUGGUUGGGUCACCUCCUGGCAUUGGCCUAACCUCGGCUCGUGGCUCCAGGACCCCUGCGGGGCUGCCUGGGGGGGGGGGGGGGGGGACCCGAGGAGGCCGAGGUGGCAGGGCCAGGUGCUAGCUUAAGCCGAAUCCCACACAUGAGUUUGGGAAGGACCUGAGAGAAAUGGCCCCCCGGGCUGUGGGCCUCAGGUAAGACGGGGGCGCUCGCCCUCGUGCGCAGUGAGAGGCGUAGGAGGCCCAAACAGUAGCCGGGCUGAUACUGGAGGGGUCGCCGAUGGCCUGUGCAGCCUUAAGUGGGCCCCGGGCAUGCUGCCUGCAGGCCCCUUCAGCAGGGCCACUGCUGGGCAGAGGCGGGGCGGCUCCUCUCUGGGGGGGUGCAGAACAGAGCCAGCGCCCCUCCCCUGCUGUCUGUCCCCCGACAGUCUCUAGAAAUCUCCGCCCCGGAAGAACAUACCUUACACAACCAGGUUCACCAUCCUGGGACCUUAACAUCAGACUGGGGCUGGGGGCAGUUUCUCUGCCUUCAGGGGGAAGUGACCAGGCACAGAGGCCCCAGUGCCGGUAAACAGCGGUUCCGACACGGAAGCCCCAGUGCUGGUGACAGGGGUUCUGGUGCUGCUUGUCCCCCGCGUCACCCCACAAAGGCUCGGGGCUCGUGGGUGUGAGUUCUGUACAGACGCUUCGUGGCCACCAGGGUCCUGGUUGGGUAGAAACGUCCUUCCCAACAGGUCUCCGCUCCCUGCUCCCGUAAACCGGCCACGGCCUCGAGGGGGACCUGGCUCAGGCUGAGCUAAUGCGACCUGCGCCCAGCUAAGCGGGAGGAGGCCUGUCUGGGGCGUGUCCCCCCGGGAGGACCGUGCUUUCCUGCCGAAGGAGCAGCUGGCAGCCGCACCGUCCCGGCUCUGAGCCAGGCUGGGCUGGUCGGUGGGCCCCAACGUCAGAGCACCCGGAUAGGGCAGUGCCAGCUCAGCCUUCGGUGGCUGUUUGGUAGAGAGAGAGCCAGCAGAGUGGGCAGGGGGAGCAGCCCCCAGCCCUGCUCCAGUCCUGCCCUCCUGGCCUGGCUGAAUCUGACAUGAAUUAUCAGGACAGAAAGUGGGUGCGAGGAUACGGAGACACCCCAGAUUCCUCAGGGGCCGCGGGAUGCCCAGACUCCCGGGGGAGCUGGAAGGACUAACUCAGGGGGAGAUCCCACCGGUUCUGGGUCGCACGGUCACAGGCAGCAGCUGGGGCAGGGGGGGCCCUGGCCAGUAUCGCAGGGGCUGAUGGGAGAAGGUGCCUGCACGUACGACUGUGGAAGGCAGGUCUGGACGUAGCCUCAGACAGUUUUCGGUUUUGUUUUAUUUUUUAACUUGGACCCCGUGACCCAAGCCCCCCACCAGCCCUCUUGCACCUGUCAGGCCCCUUCCUAGUACUGUGCAGGCUCAGUGCACUGGGAGUAUGUGUGUGUAUGUGUGUGUGCGUGUGCGAGUGCGAGUGCGAGUGUGAGUGUGCGUGUGGGUGUGGAAGUACCAAUAAACAGCCUGGUUUUACGACAACCUA